AUGCGCCACCACAACCUGAUGCUCAGACAGUCGACCUCCCGUUGGCUCCAUACAUUCCCGAGCCUUUACAUCAUCUACUGCGAUCAGAAAGUCAAGCUGGCAGCAGACGAGACAAAAAGCUUGGUGGAGGAGGGAGAGGCCAAUGUGGAGCAGGCCAACGGAGUACCUGACAGCCCAGCGGGAAUGGAGUCCCCCGGGUCACGCGGCAAGCUGGUGCGCGUCGAACUGGAGUGGGACAUCCCCAUGGCGGUGACACUGCCUAUACAGGUGCUGCCCGACCCGGCACACCAGCCGUUCCCCUUCCUGGACACCACACUGGCCGACCUGGGCAUCCAAGAGUCAGAGGUGAAGGAGAGGGUAGUGUGGGUUGACACCAAGAAGACACAGGUUAAGAGCAAAGCAGGGAAGCUGAAGGAGAAAGAGAUCACCAUCCUGGAGGUGAGAGUGAAAGCCCAAAAGCCCGGAGACAAACAGCUGCAGGAGGUCCUGUACAGCACCGAGGCCCACACUGACCGCUCAUUCUGUCGCACAGGAAUGGAUAUCCUGCCCUGGAAACACAGAUACACAGGGGAGAACGGGCUGACACCGGUGCAGAUGACUAUGGCGUUGGAAAAUCAGCAGCCGGACUUUACUGAGGACCAGGGACAACGGGAGAUCUGAGGAGCAACACAGAGUCAACUAUCAUCCAAAAUAAGAGUG